CCCAACUCUGUAACUCGAUUCUACAAAGAAAAUGUGCGAAUUCGCAAAUUUGGUACUCUGUAAUUCUUAUAGAACGCUACAAUGUGCGAAAAUCGAACAGUUCUAGUAGUGCCAAGUACUUUUUACGCACUUUCGCAUAAACGGGGAACUACCGAACUCGUAAGUAGACGCCAAAUUGUAGCAAAACCUCACAAAAUUAUCCGUCAUCAAAUGUGUUGCCGAAAAGAACUGUGCGAAAGUAUUAUUUUUCAAAAUGGAAUCAUCAAAAAAUCCGAACACGAAGACAUCACAAUUUGAACUAAUGGUGCAAUUCAUGACUAGCCAUUCAGAUUUGGCUAAAGGAUAUUUAAAAUCUCCCGAGGCAAGACAAAAGUCCAAACAGUUGUGGCUAAAUUUAUCUGCAAAUUUGAAUGCUGAAGGUCCUCCGCAGCGUGAUGUUGUCGGUUGGAAAAAGGUUUGGGCUGAUUUUAAAGUUCAUACGAAAGCUAAGUUACGAAAAAACAGAAUAAAUAUAUCCGCAACUGGAGGUGGUCCACCUAAAUAUUAUUCUUUGAAUGCUUUAGAAGAGAAAGUAAUUGAGUUGCUAGAUUUAAAUCAAGCAGUUGAUGGGAUGCAAAGGUCUCUAUGCUUCGGUGUUGCACAUGAAACAAAUUCAAAUAGCCAGCUCGAAGACUAUACAGAAAGUGUAGGAGCAUCCGUGGUGGGCAUUGAAAAUGCUGAUGAAGAAUGUAUAUUUGAUACUACCGUCGACUUUGAAACAAGUCUGAAUACUCAGAGGGCUGAAAAAGAAAAUAUACCAAGACAAAGAAUUACACCAAAAAAGCGACAAAAUGCAUUACUUGAAAAUCAAAUAAGCCAUCAAAUCGAAUAUCAGAACAAUAUGUUUAUGGCUAUGAGGGAAGUUAAUGAUAACUUAAAAAGUAUUGUGAAAUAUAAGAAAAGAAACUAUGAACUUAAUGAAAAAAAGUACACACUAAAAAAAGAUAAACAAAAAUUUGCAAAAGAAAAGUUUGAGUUCAAAAAAUUGUGUGCAAUAGAAAAAAACAAAAAUUUGGUAUUGAAGUUAGAACUAAAAAAAGAAAUUUUAAAACUUAAGCAACAGCAAACUUUUAACAUUGAAGACUGUUAA